AUGCAUUUUAUCACCGAGGCUACUCCUGAUAUCCGAAGAAAAUUACAAAAGCUUGAGGCUGGGCCCCAAACCCCAUUAUCAACCUUGGUAGUGGAAGCCCUCAAGGUCUAUAGCAACAGAGACUUAAGGGAGGAGGCCAAUAAGAAUAAGAGGCUAAUAAAGAAAAGGCAGCUUUUGGCUGCUCUGAUUCACCCACCACCUCACAUGGACCCUGGAGGGCCGAGGAGGCUGGACAGACCACCAAGAAGCUGCCUGGGCCAGAACCAGUCUGCCUUUUGUUGCGUCCUCUCCCCCCGCCUCCUGGAACCCCACCAGCUCCAGCUGCCUCACAGGGAACGCGGCGCCCCUCAGCCUCAGCCAGCUCGGGGGCGGGGCAGUGGGGCGAGGCCGGCGGCGCGCGCGUGCGCACUGAAAGUCCGGCGCAUGCUCCGAGUGCGGGGCGUCCGCAGCAGAAGGGAGGCGAGUCUCCCGCGCCCUACCCUCCGCGGCGGGGCCGCAGCGAUCUGCUGGUUCCGAUUCCUUCUGCCAAUAAAGUUCCUGAAAAAAAUCACAGUCAUUCUUAAAAGAGCAAAAGAGGGCGCGAGCCGGCCGGAGGCCCUGCCGGGGGGCUGGCACCGGGCGGCGGAGACGGCGGUUACACCGCGACCAGGAGGAGCGGUCGCGCCGGGCGGCGGGCGGCGGGCGGCGCGGGGACGCUGCAUAGGUAAUUCAUCAGUCUGUUGGUGUCAACAUUUUACCAGUUCAAGUGAAGUAAAGAAACCUUACCUCCUUUUGUCCUCUUCCAUAUUUGAGAGAGAUCAGAUCACCUGGAAUUAA